AUGCCACCAGUACCCCGACCAGUGGUCAUCCUACGAUUCGUCGAUGAUAUCCUACGGCGGAGGAACAGCGCCGGCAGCGGAGGAUCAGGAUCAGGAUCAGUACCGGCUGGCCGCGGAGGUGCCGAAGAAGAGGGCGGGCGGCACCCGGUGUACAGGGGCGUGAGGCAGAGGAACGGCGACAAGUGGGUCUGCGAGCUCCGCGACCCCAACACCAAGACACGUGUCUGGCUGGGGACCUACCCGACCCCGGAAAUGGCGGCCCGGGCUCAUGACGUGGCGGCCCUCGCAUUCCGCGGGAAGUCCGCCUGCCUCAAUUUCGCGGACUCUGCCUGGAGGCUCCCCGCCCCUGCUUCCACCGACGCCAAGGACGUCAGGAAGGCCGCCGCCGAUGCCGCCGAGAUGUUCCGCCGGGCGGAGGCGCAGGAGGGAUACCAUUUCUCGGCCGGAGAAGAUGAUUGCUCCGGUGGUAGUAGUGGCGGGAAUUGUAAUUACGAUUACAGCUGCAAUUACGAUGGUAAUUAUGGUAGUGGGGGUCAUUACGUGGACGAAGAGGAAGUGCUGCAGAUGCCGAGGCUGCUGUCGGAGAUGGCUGAAGGGCUGCUGCUGCCUCCGCCGCCGCCGAGCUAUGGGAUGGAGGAGAGUCACGGUGAUCAGUGGAGCUACGGGGAGAGUUCCAGUAAUCAUCAGGAUUGGUCGCUGUGGAACUAG